UUAAUUUGCACACUGUGCUUAUAGUUUAAGGCGGGAGCAGCAGUGAGCAGGCAUCUUGUUCAUUCUGUGUGCAGCAAACGAGGCAGAAGGAAAGAAAAUGCGGGAGUGCCUAUCUAUACAUAUUGGCCAAGCAGGAGUCCAGAUGGGCAAUGCCUGUUGGGAGCUGUAUUGUCUAGAGCAUGGACUCCAACCUGAUGGUAUUAUUGCUCCAGAUAAGGUCAGUUUGGUGGAUUCAUCUUUUGGGACUUUCUUCAGUGAAACUGGUGCAGGGAAACAUGUACCACGAGCCGUCAUGGUUGACCUGGAGCCAACUGUUAUUGAUGAGAUACGAACUGGUCUGUACCGUACAUUGUUUCACCCAGAACAACUCAUUACUGGCAAGGAAGAUGCAGCGAAUAACUAUGCCCGAGGUCACUAUACCAUUGGAAAGGAAAUAAUUGAUGGUGUUAUGGAUAGAUUACGUAAAAUGUCUGACCAAUGCAGUGGCCUUCAAGGAUUUCUCAUCUUCCACAGUUUUGGAGGUGGCACUGGGUCUGGUUUCACUUCACUUUUGAUGGAACGGCUUUCUGUUGACUAUGGAAAGAAGUCAAAGCUUGAAUUCUCAGUUUAUCCUGCUCCACAGAUAUCCACUGCAGUGGUAGAACCAUACAACUCUAUUCUGACAACCCACACAACUCUGGAACAUUCAGACUGUGCCUUCAUGGUAGACAAUGAGGCAAUCUAUGAUAUAUGCAACAGGAACCUGGACAUUGAGCGCCCGUCUUAUACCAACUUGAACAGACUAGUAGGCCAGAUAGUAUCUUCUAUUACAGCUUCCUUGAGGUUUGAUGGUGCCUUGAAUGUUGACUUAACAGAGUUCCAAACUAACUUGGUGCCCUAUCCCAGAAUUCAUUUCCCACUGGUCACCUACUCACCCAUAAUAUCUGCAGAGAAAGCAUACCAUGAGCAGCUGUCUGUGCCAGAGAUCACAAAUGCUUGCUUUGAAUUUUCCAAUCAGAUGGUGAAAUGUGACCCCCGGCGUGGUAAAUACAUGGCUUGCUGUCUGUUAUAUAGAGGUGAUGUGGUGCCCAAAGAUGUAAAUGCUGCAAUAGCAGCAAUUAAAACUAGAAAGUCCAUCCAGUUUGUUGAUUGGUGCCCUACUGGUUUUAAGGUGGGAAUUAACUACCAGCCCCCAACUGUGGUCCCAGGUGGGGACUUAGCCAAAGUUCAACGUGCUGUCUGUAUGCUGAGUAAUACUACAGCUAUAGCGGAGGCAUGGGCCAGGCUGGACCAUAAAUUUGACCUAAUGUAUUCCAAGAGAGCAUUUGUACACUGGUAUGUGGGAGAGGGAAUGGAGGAAGGGGAGUUCUCUGAAGCAAGAGAGGAUAUGGCUGCUUUGGAAAAGGAUUAUGAAGAGGUGGGGACAGACUCUAAUGAUGGUGCAGAUGAGGAAGAUGAUGAAUACUGAAGUCUAAUUUGACUUGCACUCUGUCCAUACAGCACUUUAGAUCCAGUGGAACUCUAGAUUGAAAGUGUAGGCAAAUUACUGUCAUUAGUUUUGAAUGUUCCAUUUUUUCAAAGCAAAACUUAUAAUGUUUAACAAAAGACUACAAACUGCCUGUUUCCUGAAUGCAAUUUGAACACUGUUAACUGAUGGUGAUAAUAAAAAAAAUUAUCUUGA